CCAUAAUUAAUAACCUGGCAUCUUUAGGAGAGGUGAGAUACACAGCCGACUUGUAGCUCGCUUUGCGGUUACAGACAAUCUCAAAGUUCCCUAGUGACCCAGUGGGAUGAAGAUGUCACCGAGAGAGCCAUUGAGCUUGCCAAAAGGUUGCCGUGACAUGCAAGUUAAAUCCUGUGCAAGAGAGACUGCAUUACACUGAGGAGCGGGAACACUUAACUCACAAAACCGUUUGCUGUACUACGGAAGGACAUAUAGAAGAACAACACGCUUCACCAUGCGCUUUUUUACUUCUUCUCGUGGUCUGAUUGGCCAAUUUGGAAAGAGAGCGUUGGCGUUGUGACCCGCCUCUUUCUUUCCUCUUAGGGAGGAGCUGCCCACAGGAAGUGCCCAGUUAGCUCCGCCCUCCAGGCUGUAAGGUUGUCGGGCGCCGGUUUUACCGCUGCGCCAUCAUCGCCAUCGUCGCCGUCGUCGCCGCCGAGGCGGUUGGGUGCUGUCCGUGGCAUCGUUGCUAUAUAGAUCAUAGGAAUUUCAAAGCAGCAAGAGAAUGUAAAGCUUACCCCAGUACACCUCCUCGUGACACCACUGGGACUUAGAAAAGAAAAUGUGCUAGAUGAAGUGCACUAUGAGAGGAGACUAAAGGAGUGGAAACCAGACUUUGCAGUUGAGGAAUAAAACUAAGGGACAGCAUGGCAAAUAAAAUCCCAUAUAAGGUAGUCCUGAGAAGUAAAAGUCAGUAUCCAGUCCUCUAGUGCUGAGCUGAGGAGUCUGAAUCUUGAACUUCCUGAGAAGAGUGUCUGGGCUUCAACGUUCUUACCAGGCAACAUUUGCCAUUUGAGGACAUGAACUCGCAAGUUGUCCACUCUGUUACUUUUCCCUCCUGACAUAACCGCCCAGUACUGUGAUCCGCCUUUUUAUUUGUUCAGGUCUCUUUGCAAGGAAGUAGACCAGCAGCUGCAAUCAGCUGCAGUCCUAUCACACCUCCAUGAUGUUUUCCUUGACCAGAAAUGCACUAAGAAGGUUCAAGAUUCGAAGCAUUCAACAAAUUAGACAAAGCCAUGAAAAACACUCACCAGAUUUUCAUGACAAAUAUGGUAAUAUUGUGCUGGCCAGUGGAAGCGCUUUCUGUGUUGUUGCAUGGGUGUUUACAGCCACACAGAUUGGAAUAGAAUGGAACCUGUCUCCUGUUGGCAGAGUCACCCCAGAAGAGUGGAAUGAUAAAUAAUCAUCCAAGUUGCUGUAAUACAAAAUUGUUCCCAAGUCGACUUGUUGUUUAAGCACUCUGCUUCUCAUUAAAAUAUAGCAUAAUUAAAGAAAUAAAAUACAUUUGAAACCUUUAAAAA